AUGUUUUUCAGAAAUUUUUUGGGAACUUCUUUGAUAGGCAAACAAUUCGGAACAUAUUUAUAUCGACGAUUAAGUAUGACACCAUUAUCAACCAGUAUAUAUCCUCCAAUUGGUUAUCAACCUUCUAAUUUUCGCACUCCUUUACCACGCCAAUUACCAUCUUCACAAUCGAUUCCGAUGCCUGCUACACUUCCAGCUUCUACAACAACGCCAAAUACGAUAUCAAUAUUAGAUAAAUGCUCUUUAUACAAUGCUCUUCUAUAUUAUGAUUGCCCAUCGAUGACUAAUGAAAAAAUUCAAUGUGCAUGGGCAUCAACCAACUAUCGUUAUAAACGUCAACGACGUGUACGUAAUCAUCCUAGUCGUUUAACAAAUACUGUUGCAUAUCGUUCACGUCGUAUGCGUCUUCAUCAUAAAAAGAAAUGGUUAAAGAAGUUCAAAUAUGAUUUACUUAAAAAAUUACGUGAAAAAAUUAAACGUCGUGGUAAACUAUAUGAAAUGGAAAAUUCAAUUAUACUGGGCAAAGCUGAGCAAUUUAAUGCUGAACAUUAUGUUAAACGUGAAUUAGAAAAAGCAAGAUUUUAUGGCUAUCGAGUAUCGCCUGUUUAUGAUCAGAUACGAGAUCAAAUAAGUCGGCUUAAAUUAGAAUAG